AACCCCAUGGCACCGCCACUCCAGGAAUCCGAUCUCAUAUUUCCAACAGCGGCAUCAUCAUUGAAGAAUGCGCUAGGUGAUCUCAAACGCGCAAACUUAACCAUCAAGAACCGCCUCAACUCGAUCAAGCAGGAUUCUUCAUUCGUGGAAGAGGUUGCGAAUGCAUAUCAGCUUCCUCUGGUCGCGAACGAACGAUGUGGGAGCUGGUACAUCUCUCCGCACCGUAGGGCAGGGAGCGCAUAUUUCAAAUCCACAGAUGGCCACUUCGGACAAUGGAUGUUCAGUCUGCGGCGAUUGAAUUUACAAGUACUGGAUGCCGUAGGACAGCAUGGAGGCUGCAUCAUCGUCGAUUCCACUCGGAGAGGAAAGAGCAUGCCAGAUGCGCUUUCCAAAACUGUGCCGAUCUGGACCACGAUCCUCAAUCGCUUGCUAUUCCCCCAUAAGCCCGAUUAUCACAAUCUACAGACUCCCAUGGAUGUCGUCUCGGAGUCAGAGCGCGCACAGAUUGAACUAAGACUCGACACGUGUCUCCACGAUGCGAAAACUUUGAAGCUGGACCUGAACGACAUGCGGUCCAAGCUGCAGAACAAGCCAAUGCAAAUCGUCUGGCAAAGACCUGGCGAUCAGCUUUCGUCCAGUACGAGGCAAGCGGCGGACAGUCAUCUCCUGGUGCUGUGCACAGCCUCGAACCAGACCAGUAAUGAGACCUCGUCAACAUCGGAAUACGUCCAGGGAGCGGCAGAUGAUCCUGAAAGCUGGUCGCUCGGUCUCGAUGCUGCCAUGUUUUGGACAAACCUGGAUCUGCUCAGGCAGGCUUCACCAGAGGAGCUUCCCGCGCUUAUUGCAGGUCUUGUCAAAGAUUCGCACUUGAAUGUCGUGAUUCGAGAUGUGACUUUGGUCAGACCGACGAGCGUCGUCUAUAUCGGAGACAACAGCGUCUUUGAGGACAUUCGCGCCGGCUUUGACCUCGUCAUUUCCUGCACUUCGAAGCCCGAGUUCUGCGACAGUUCAGAUCGGGAAAGUGUCGAAACAUCGCAGCGUCUUCAGCUGACAUGCGUGGAGGGCAAGGUCGGCAGUCGACAGCUACGGCAUGAACUGCCGAAGUUGGAGACGUUCAUUCCGUCCAUUACCUCGACAAGCAAGAUCCUCGUGACUUGUCAGACGGGAAAAGACUUGGCUGUUGGAGUCGCUCUGGCUUUACUUUGUCGACUGUUCGAUGGAGACGGGAUCGUGAUGUCCAAGAUGGAGGCUCCCCGCGAUUUGAACAAGUCUCUCAUCAAGCAGCGACUCAGUUGGAUCAUGGUGUCCAUGCCGGAUGCAUCUCCCAGCAGAGCGACAUUGCAGAGCGUCAACGCCUUUUUGCUGGGUUGA